AUGCCGGACGAGGACAGGCACCAUUAUUUUUUCCUCUAUGCGGCACAGGAAAACUGCACGACGUGCGUGCAGGCGUGGCUUUCUCGAAAUGCAGACCCGGGUAGAGGCACGUUAAACAAUCCGGGCUGGAAUGCUUUAUCCUUCGCAGAGGAGGCAAAAGCGGAUGCGACCUAUGCUCUUCUCCGGCAGUACGAAGACAACGCAAGGUCGAGAUCUCCCGUUGGCGGCAGUGAUCUCGAAACGGUUCCUUUCGCGGGCCUCUAUGCGCAAGCCUCCAUGAUUCCUAUGAUGGGAAUCUGGGCGACUCCGCCUCCUCCGCCCGCAGACGCCCCGCCGGAUGCCAGUGAGGCGCCUUCCGAAGAUGUGCCGGCUGUGCAAAGGUUCGAAGACUUCUUCGACGACCCCCAUGGCGCAGCUUGUCAAGUGGCAGCUGCCGCUUUGAGUGCGGAUCAUGAAAAGCUAGAAGUGUUGCUCCGUGAGUUUCCGGCGCUCGGACAGCGGCCCAAGAUAAUGCUGUUAGACGGCGUGCCUGACAUCAUAAGCUAUUGGACAUUGCGGGAGUAUGUGAUUUUGGCUCGAUUGCGGGCCGACGAUGCCGGCAAUGCUGAGAGGAGCGAGGCGCUAGGGACCGUCGCGGCGACUUUGGAUGCUGCGGAGGAACUUCAGGCAAGCGAGCUGGUCUCAGUCUCAGCCUGGCAGAAAGGCAAGAUUCUUGGCAAGAUGCAACGGACCGAUACAUCUCUGUUCCAGGAGACCGUGAGAGGCAGAAGUUUUUGUGCUUUUCAAGAUAGUGGCUCGAAGGCGCAGGCUGACCUCCAGAACGCGGCUCUGCACCGCGUGGACCUUCAGGAGCUGGCGAGGUUGUUGCAGGACUCAGAUGAAGAUGUUGUGAACCCGCUCAAGACUCGAGCGGAUCUUGGUCAAGCUACCCAUCCAGAGACUGCUCAUUGGCCCUUGCGUACAUGCGUUCUUGCACGCAUAGCUAGUGAGGAGCUGGAAGAGACGAAGCAGAAAUUGAACAAGGCAUUUGGGCAAUUGCGCGACUGGGAAACGAGUCUCAUCGAAGGUAGUCAUGCACACUUCUCACAUGCGGAUUUUGAAGAUCGGUCCGGGUUGCGCCUGCUCUUGCAAGAUCAACACUGA